AUGGCGCCUUCCGCGGUACACCCAGACCAUGUUGAUACACAUCCCGCGCAAAAUGGAGUCAACAGUCACCAAAAUGGCUCUGCGCAUGCCCACACCAACCUUGAUCCUUUCUACACAAUCGUUGAACAGCCCAUCGGCACCCGGCGCCCGAUCCGAGUUGCUUGUAUGGGUGCUGGAUACUCAGGACUCAUGAUGGCGAUUGUAUUCAGCGAGAAGAUGAAGGAUAAAAACGCCGAGCUCGUCAUUUAUGAGCGGAACAAGGACCUUGGGGGCACAUGGCUUGAAAACAGAUACCCAGGGUGCAAGUGUGACAUCCCCGCACACAACUACGCGUACAGCUUUGCGCCGAACCCUGACUGGCCAAAUUACUAUGCCACUUCGCAGCAAAUCCAUGAGUACAUGCACAGUGUGGCGGACAAGUAUGACUGCAACAAGUAUAUCAAGUACCAGCAUACCAUCAAGUCGGCCAUUUGGAAUGAGGAUACGGCCAAAUGGGAGAUUCAGGUGAAACGGGCCGAUGGGUCCAUGCUCGAUGAUGAAGUGGAUGUAUUCAUCAACGCUGGCGGUGUUCUGAACAAGUGGAAGUGGCCGAAUAUUGAAGGCAUUGAUACCUUCAAGGGCAAGCUCGUUCACUCUGCCCGGUGGGAUGAUCAGUACGAUUUCGCAGGAAAGAAAGUUGCAAGCAUCGGCAUCGGCUCUUCUGGAAUCCAGAUCGUGCCUCAGCUAGCCAAGGUAGUCGACUCAAUGGACGUCUACGUCCGUACACAGACCUGGAUCUCGCCAGCACCAGGUAUCAACGAACCGACGGCCAACGACCCGGACAUGGACUCGGAGUACAACUUUACCGAGGGCAGCUUGGAUAUGUUUAAAGAUCCCCAGGUACUGCGCGACUACCGGGCAGCUAUAAUGGACCGCCGAAUUGAAAACUUCAAGCGUGCCAUUGCCGACAGCGAUCUCCAAAAACGUGCUCAAGAGAUCUUCCGUAAGAGUAUGCUCGAGCGGCUGGGUGAUACCCCCAAGGGCCGAAAGAUGGCAGAGUACUUGCUGCCUAGCUUCCCUGUUGGAUGCCGACGACAGACACCAGGGCCUGGAUUUUUGGAAGCCCUAACGCAGGACAAUGUCGAUCUGCGGUGGGAUGAUGUCGUGCGGAUCACCGAGAAGGGAAUCAUGACACGGUCAGGCGAGGAGAAAGAGUACGACGUGAUUGUGUGUGCCACCGGAUUUGACACAUCAUUCCGGCCUUCAUUCCCCAUGAUUGGACGCAACGGUGUCGACCUGGCCAAGAAAUGGGAGACCGAGAAGCCCGAGGCGUACUUCGGGAUCUUGGUGCCGGACAUGCCCAAUUACUUUUGCUUCAUUGGGCCCAAUAGCCCCAUCAGCAAUGGCUCCUUGGUGUUGGGGAUCCAGGCAACGGCAGUGUACGUCUAUAAAUGGCUUGAGAAACUGCAGACAGAGAUGGUCAGUAGUUUCGUAGUAAGGCAGGAUGCCAAUGACGAGUACAACCAGCACAUGCAGCACUUCCUGGAGCGAACCGUGUGGACGCGUGGUUGUCGAAGCUGGUAUAAGCGCGGCACUGUUGACGGGCCUGUUGUCGCGAUCUACGGUGGCACCUCGUUCCACUUCAUGGAGGCCCUCAAGAACCCGCGCUGGGAGGACUGUCAUAUCAAACGUCUCCCGGAAGCUCGCUCGAACCGAUUUGCCUACCUGGGUGACGGAUUCUCCCUGAGAGAGACCAAGAGUGGUAGUGUUGGAGCGACGCAGACGCUGGAUUUUGACGAGUACUGGAAUUUGUUUGUGCUGCCCGAGAUUCACAACUAA